GGCUCAGCUCUCCAGCGCUCACUCAGCCUCACAAGCCACGCAAGAGUGCGACUAGCCUCUCUCCGCCUUAGAGCCACGCCAACCGAGAGACGACAUGUCCGCGUACGUGUCUUCAGACUGCCGCCGUGUCAGCCCUUGCGUCCACGGCAACAAGUUUGACACGGCCCACCGCAAGAAAGCCGUGGCCAACAUUUUCGACAACGUGAGCCAAGACGCCCUGACCAGACUCUUCCAGAAGACGGGCGACAUGAAAGCAGAGGAGCGGGUGAGGAGCAUCUUCUCCUACUCGCACGACCCGGAGGAGACGGCGCGGGCGCUGAUGGCUCUGAAGCAGAGGAAGAAGGACAAGUUCCUCCAGAUCGCGGGCAUGCUCCGGCAAAUGCUCAAACUCCGCUGACGGCACUGUUAUGGCCGCCUGGGUCGUCUUUCACUCGGCUCGACUCGGAGCCCGAAACACGCGCGACAACGCUCCUGAUGGGACUCGAACGCCGACUACUGCAAGUGCGGCGGCUCGCCUGGGACGAUGAUGGGCUUGCAAAAGGCCGCCGGCGAGAUCACGUUGCAGCGUCGGAGGUGAUGGCGAGUCCCGCCGUGACCAGAUGGAAGCACAUAAGAUGACGGGAGCAACGGUGGACAUAAAACGACUUCCCUGAGACUUGAAUUCAGCCAUGCGGAUGCUCCACUGUGAAGAAGCAGCACACAAAGGAGGUGCUGGUGAGACUUUUCGUGCCACAAGAAGAACCUUCAUGGAUGCCUGUCCUGAACACAUGCCUACUUCCAAGAUGAACACUGUCACUGACGUGGCUCCGAAUGUGACUCUUAUGUCUGAGAGCACAAUGUUUUUCAUGAAUGCUGUGUCCCAUUCCUUAUCCCUUUUAAUAAAUUGCUUUGUUUACAAAAGUUAA